AUUCUAUAGCGGAGCCUUCGCUGGGCGUACCCGCCUUAGUUUCGAGGCGUGAAUGAGCUGACUUAUUAGCAGCCUCUUCGAGAAAGCAAAGGACGAAUCUAAGUAGCAUGAACUCGGCCGUAGUGAUAGUCGUCGCAACGGUUUUCAUCGGUGUGUUCGUCGAAGUGACUCCCCACUUUUUCACGAAAGACCCGGCUUGUCACCGUCUUCGCACAAAACUGGACAAAAUUCGCCGGCACUGCAUCUACCUGUGUCACAUGCCUGAGGGGUACAUCAGGAUGGCUGUUGAAGAGGACGGCACCCCUUGCAAGCGUCUAGUACGCGAAGGUGUGUGCUUGCGAGGGCACUGCCGCAGGCCGAGGUCACGAAAGGGAGGCCCCUCUACUUCCAAUGGUUCUGACGAAGGGAAAGUACCCGAACUGACGACAGGGGCCAUCAGCUAUGCCUGACGACGAACGUUUGAACAGUCGCCCUCAUGCCGAAUGUCGUUUGACGACAGCAUGCGUGCACUGAAUUGUAAUAUCUGUAAUCACGUGCACUCUAAUUACUAAUCAGAGUGCACGUGAUUGAAAAACUUUCGUAGCAUCGACUCGUUUCUUCGUCAAUUACUGUUGAUAGCGUUACGUUUGCAUAUGUGAAAACCCCGAGAAACGGAUGUGAUGCAUAGCUGCGGUGAAGGGCCCGUGGCCAAGAUAAAUAUGCGUAACUCUUUUGAUGUGUCUGUUGUUUUGCAACACUAGCAGUUGGAUAGCGUACACCGUGCGCUUCUGUUGCAACAGGAGUUGACAUUUUGAGCUUCUGUCUAGAAAUAAGGAAACACGACAGGCGGUCGCGAUCCUCCAGUUAGCCAGGGAGACAAAAAGAAAAACACGCGUGAUUCAGACGCUCUGUUAAUUGCCAUAAUAAGAGAGCACGCCGAAAUGUAAUUAUCAUUUAUUUUUCUUGUGUGUGCAUGUGUGUGUUGUUGUUGUUGUGUGGCAAAAUAAAGCUACACGCCU